CAGUUCCUCUAAUGCAAAAGUUAGUAGAGAAAGUAAGCUUUCAAAGGCCCGAAAGAUCAGGGAGACCACCGGUGUUUCAAGGAUUUUCUUUAAUUGUCUAGUGGAUAGAAAGACUUUCCCCAGAAAACUGGUUGUAAAUUGGGUCAUUCGACUCUCAAAUGACUCAAUGAGAGCCCCCAGGUCCAAAUUGUUCAAUGGAUCAUUAAAAUCAAAUUCAUUUUUGAAACUCAUUCGUUCAUGUGAUAUACAACUAUGGCAUUCUCGACGGUGAGACGAACAUUUCUUUGCAAAGUAUUCGUUUUGCUCAUUAUUUCAAUGAUCGGCUUCGUUUUGAUCUCAACCAACAUUGGCAUUAAAAACGUACCCAAUGGUGCUACAUACUACAAGACCUUGGAGCGACAAUUACAACAACUUCAAGAGCGAUUUGAUGGCCUGGCAGUGGUCGAUGAGGACUCAAAAUGUUCCCCAACUAAAAGUGUGGCAUUUGCCAAGACACACAAAACCGGAAGCUCCACGUUACAGAAUAUCCUUUUUCGUUAUGGAGUGCAGCAUGAGUUGAAUUUCGCUCUUCCCAAAGGAGGCUGGAUGUUCUCAUUUAAAGAACCUUUCAAUGCUGAUAUGGUCCUUGAAGGACCAUUCAAAGGUCUGGAUUUCAACCUAUUUGCCUUUCACAGCGUUUGGAAUUACGCCCAAAUGCAACGAGUUCUGCCGCAUGCAAAAUAUCUCACUCUUCUAAGAGAUCCCACAGAAUGUUUCGAGUCCAAUUACGUUUACAUGGGUCUCAGUGCCGUUUACAAGAUGGAUUUCAACGAGUUUGCCCAGAAAAAGGCCCUUGCUGGGUUGGUUCGCAAACCCAAAAGUAUCAUUGGCAAGAACCAACAACUCUGGGAUUUAGGCUUGAAUGAUACCGCCAUGGAAAACCGAACCCUGGUCAUGCAGAAGAUUCGGGAUUUGGACCGACAAAUGGAUCUGGUUCUUAUUAUGGAGCGGUUUGACGAGUCGCUAGUACUUCUCAGUGACCUUUUGUGCUGGCCCAUAGAUGAGCUGUCUUACUUGAAACAGAAUGAGCGAAUCACGACAAAAAAGACCAAUAUCACGCAGGAAACGCGCAAAAUCAUGAGAAAAUGGUUAUGGGCUGACUACAUGCUCUACGAUUAUUUCAAGGCUGAACUCAAUACGAAAUUGCGGAAACUGAAAUCCGAUUAUGUUCGGCAACGUCUUCAAGAGCUCUCCGCCGCCAAAAACAUGGUUACGAGAGCUUGCGUGAUUCAAAAGUCGGAUAAUUCAAAGUUAACCGGGGAAUUCAAAAUGGCACUACCCAUUGUGUUGGGAUAUGUGAUCGACGAGACCAAGCCGUGGUGUGCCAUUUUCGCACGAAGUGAACCCAACUUUAGUAAGCAGAUCCGCGAUUAUCAAGAAUUGAAGCUCAAGGGUGAACAGUUGAAAGGAAAAAUUCCAUGACGAAAAACUUCCUCAAAACCUGAUUGUGAUAUGGUAUUUCUGUUGAUCAUUGUUGUUCCUGAUACUUGUAUUGGAAGUUCUUUCGGAAUAUAAUCAUUGUGAUUCGUUAAA